UUUAGACCCAAGUAGUCUCUCAAUCAAGAAUUUUGCCGUCUCUUGAAAAAUUCAAAUUCCUUUUCUUUUUUGUCCCAACAACUAUGACGUAGAUCCGAAUAUAAAUUAAUUAAAAUACACUUUAAUUAAUUAACACUAAUGACUUUUAAAAUAACCUUAAUAGAAACAUCAUAACUUCCAAAAUAACAGCACACCCAAAUUUUAGUAUAUGCCUUAGAUUGUCUCUUUCCUAACAACAUGCAUUUUUCUAACACUUUGAAACAACACAAACAGAAAGAAGUCCACACCAUUGUUGUUAUUAUGCCUUUUCUUCAGAUCAAAUGUAACAAUAAAUUACCACCACUCUCUCUCUCAUCAUCUUCUCUUCCCUCUUUUUCCUCUCCCCCAAAAAAAAAAAUCGAAAUUCAAUCUUGAUAAUUACGCAGUAUGGAAGAACCGGAGCCAAACACGCCUUCCGAUCACAUCUUGGGGUGGAUUGGAGAGUCGAUUUCGUAUUUUCCGACUUUUUUCGAUGAUCCCUAUGAUACUGGUGAUUUCAGUGGCGAUUCAUGGUGGGUCCAACCUCAGGAUCUUGAUCAAGAACUCAUUGGUAGCAGCUCCAACUCUUUCAACGCUGCCAUGCCCACCACCACUGCCGCCGCCCCAACUCCGACGGAGUCAAUAGUUUCCGACCAAUCAUCAAUUCCAUUAGAUUCAACGAAGAAGAGAAAAUUACUUGAUAAUUCAAGCCCAAAAGUGUCCCGUAAGAACACCAACCGUCUGGAAGAUUCCACCGCCGGCGUUGCAGAACCGCCAGCCAGAAGACCGGUGGCGAACAGAAGGGUGAACAACAGGUCGGCCGGAAACAGUAGCAACGGCAAUAACAAAGAAGGGCGGUGGGCGGAGCAGCUGCUCAGUCCGUGUGCCGCCGCCAUCACCGCCAGGAAUCCGUCACGCGUCCAGCAUUUUUUGUACGUGCUUCACGACCUCGCGUCCCUCAACGGCGACGCCAACCACCGUCUGGCCUUUCACGGCCUCCGUGCCCUGACCCACCACCUUUCCUCCAGCAGCGGUGGCAGCGGCUUCUCCACCUCCAACACCUUCGCCGCCAGCAAUCCGAAAUUCUUUAGAGAUUCAUUAAUCAGAUUCAACGACAUAAACCCGUGGUUCAGAAUCCCAAACAAUGUAGCAAACAGUUCAAUCCUACAAAUCCUCGCCGAACAAAAACACCCAACCAAUACUCUCCACAUACUCGACAUCGGAGUCUCGCACGGGCUUCAAUGGCCUACCCUUCUCGAAGAACUAACUCGCCGCACAGGCGGUCCGCCGCCUCUAGUCCGUCUCACCACCGUGGAUCCACCCACCGGAAACAGAAACUCCACCGCCGCCCCAUUCGCACACGGCCCACAAGACUACGAUUUCUCCUCCAAACUCCUCGGGUACGCAAAGGACAUAAACAUCAACCUGCAAAUCGACAGAAUAGAGAAUUUCCAUCUGCAGAAUCUAAAUCCCCAAACGAUCAAAUCCUCCUCAGAAGAAGAAACCCUAAUCAUCUGCGCGCAAUUCAGGCUACACAAUCUGAACCACACCAACCCAGAUGAGAGAACCGAGUUUCUGAAACUGCUAAGAGGCUUAAACCCUAAAGGACUAAUCCUAAGCGAAAACAACGCAGAUUGCAGCUGCAAUAACUGCGGCGAUUUCGCGACGGGGUUUUCGAGGAGGGUGGAGAAUCUAUGGAGAUUCUUCGAUUCGACGAGCAUUGCGUACAAAGGGCGGGAGAGCGAGGAGAGAAAAAUGAUGGAGGCGGAAGCGGCGAAGAUGCUGGUAAGUGUGGGAGAGAUGAGUGAGAAGAAGGAGAAAUGGAGUGAGAGAAUGAAAUCAGCUGGAUUUAGAAGGGAGAUUUUUGGGGAAGAAACUGUUGAUGGAGCUAAAGCUUUGCUGAGAAAGUACGACAGUAAUUGGGAAAUUAGGGUUGAUGAGAAAGAUGGAUGUGUUGGAUUGUUUUGGAAAGGUGAAACGGUGUCGUUUUGCUCGCUGUGGAAGGUUAUAGAUUUUGGGGUUGAGGAUUGUUUGGUUUAAGUUUGGUUUUGUUAUUUAUGAGUGUGAGUAUGAUUGUGUGUUGUAGUGUUAUUAGAGUGACUAAUUAUGAGUUUUUCUUGUUGAUUUGUGAUUUUUAUCCAGAUAUUAUUCCUCAUCCAAACAACACCUACGAAUAUAUAGUGAACAACACCACAUAAAGAAAUUGGUGCAAGAUAAAUCUGGCAAUACAAGUGCAAA